AUGGUAGAUUAUUCCAAAUGGGAUGCGCUGAAGUAUUCUUCUUCGGAAGAAGACGACGACGACGACGACGACGACGAGAAAGGUGAAAAGGAGGCUUUGGGAAGUGCGAAGAUGUACGCAGCGUUGGCGAAUCUCUCGCUCUCUUCUUCUUCUUCUUCUUCUUCUUCUUCUUCUUCUUCUUCAAAGAUUUGGACCGGGUUGGUGAUGCAUCACAGAGAUGUGUUCGUCUCGCAUGUGAUUCCGAAAUUGAACGAGACAGAUCGGUGGUUCUUUUCAAAGGUGAACAGAGAGAGUCAAGAUGUGCUUGCGUACGCCGGGGUAAAUGUAUCGGGAUUACAUGUGAUUGUUUACGAAUGUUCAUCCAUCUCGACGUUGGAAUGGGCGUGGAAUCACUUUCCCUGGGGAGAGAAAGAUGAUUUAGGAAACGUGAUGGAUCAAGCCUGGUUUUGCGUCCAAGUUGCUCAAACGAAAAAACUCGAGUUUCUCGAGUGGGCGAGAGAAGUGAAACAGUGCGAGUGGGAUGAACAGACGAUUAAUAAGGCCGCAUGUAAAGGUAAUCUCGAGAUGCUGAAAUACUGCUUCUCUAAUGGUUGCCCGUGUGAUGUAGAAGAGUCGUGCGUUCAAGCUGCUAUAGAAGGACACCUCGACUGUGUUCGAUUUCUUUUCGACAAAGUGAAACCUUCGCGAGAUACGGAAAAAGAAGCGGCACAACAGGCAGCAUGCGGUGGUCACGUGGAGAUCUUGAAAUAUUUCGUCGAUACAAGAAAGAUAUCUGAUGAGGUGAAGAGUGACUGCGUGGGAAACACUACAAUGUAUGGCCAACUCGAUUGCCUCAAAUACUUAGUCGAAGAGGCGAAAGUGCCUCUUGACAACUGGCGAUACAUCGCUUCGGCUCGGUACUUAAAGCACCACGACUGCGAAAACUACUUGCUCGAAAAAGGGUGUCCAGAACCGCCGACGGACGAAGACUACGCUUCGUUUCUCGAGCAGUUUCAGAAGUUUCUCGAGCAGUUUCAGAAGAGGCAGUGA